UUGAUUUGGAAAUUGUUGCAAAAAUUGGCAAUAUUUUACAUUUUUAGACCUUUUUUGUGAAUUUCGUAAUAAAUUUAAAGGUGAUAAGAGCAAUUUAACAUCAUUUGCAUCUCCCACCGUCAUUCCUUUUGGAACAGUAGGCCGGGAAAGUGUAGAAAACGUAGAGAACCGCAGCCGGAAAGUUCCCCGAAAAGACCGGUGCGAAAACCACGGAAAAGGAUCUUUUCCUUUCCUUUAACGAGAUGCCAUCUCUAACAACCAACUUUCAGUCCCACCUGGCGCAGGUGGAAGUCUGCGAUGUGACCUACAACAUCCGCGUGCUGAAGAUGAAAGACUCGCUGUUUAUCUACGUUGGACAGGAUAAAUCGGAAACGCUCGACGAGAUGGCCGUGGCCAUGCCUUGCGACAGCGAGGAAGUGCUGGCCACCAAAGUUAUUGGCCCACCGGAUGGAGUCGAUUCGCAUCAGCUAGCGCAGCAGUUGGCAAGCAAGCUAAAAAAGCCGGUAUUUCUGAGUCUUGGCGCGAGCGUUCCGAACGACCGGAUCGUGAGGCCUUCGAUCGAGAAGAAAAUCUUCGACGAUAUUAAGAACAACGUGGAAUGCUUUUGAGCUGCCUGACCGGAAGGAUUUGCAGAUAAUCUAAGCGAGAGAGUCUCGCACUCGAAACCUCAAAGUAUGAACGGAACGGCGGCCGGUUCCAACAUUUAGCGUGUGAUUUUGCCGAAAUGCUUGUAAAGAUAAAUAGAUUAUAUGCUGAGCUACUUCAUAUUUUUUGGAAAUAAAUAUAAUUUAUACAUAACGCA